AUGGACCAAUCGACAAUCAACGAAACUCCUACGGUUGAAAAGGAAGAUAUUGCGAAUUUAAGAAAAGGUAUUAAACUCCCUAAAAGCAAUUCCGAAUGGUCAACGGCCAGCGAACAUUUCAAAUUCGCUCUUCAGUCCAAUGAUCCAAUCACAUCACAAGAUUUAAAUUCCAACAUAAAACUAUUAAAUGACAUCAUAUACGAUUACUUCGCCCAAAACUUUGGUUAUAGCGAAUCAGUGCCUGACAAUUCGCUACUAAAUAAAUAUAAGGACUAUGAAAUCAAGGAUUUGAAAAAAGCUCUGAAAACCCUUAAAUCAACGAAUGGUGAACUAGACGAAAUUAAAUAUGUGUCGCAUAUAUUGCGUGAUAAGCUUCGCUCAAACAAUAACAAUGAGUCAAGUCUAGACAGCAGCUAG